GUCGGUGGGGUUGGUGCGAUGCAGACCUCUGGUAGACAAUCAGUCACCACACAACCCCGCUGCCGAAGACCUCAACGCUGGUCGUCACCGUGUUCGUGCGUAAAACCCGUAUACAUUUAUCUCGUGGUUAUUAUUUUAAUUACAGAUGGUAUUAUCGUGACCGUGUUAAAAAAUUAUACUGCCGUCCUCUUGUUUAUAAAAGUAUCGACGUUGUGUCACGUGUGUGUGAUCGGGUUACUAUUAAUUCCAAAUCGUUUCCACGGCCACGAUAUGGACGGUCCUCGUUGGCCCGUGACGAUGACCUCUACCAAGAAGACCAUGUCCCGGUCAUUUCUGAUUGAUACGCUCAUAGGCAGCGUCAAACGUCCCUCUACCACCGCCGCCGUGGCUGCUGCUGCCGCUGCAGCCACCGUAUCCGCGGCCUCCGUACCUUAUCACCCACAACUCAACGAGUACAUUCAGUUCUUGAACAGGACUGCAGCGGCAGCCGCCGUCUACGGAUACCAAUCGUCGACGCCUGUUGCAUUUCCAUCGGCUACUAAUCCACGGUUUUUCGGUUAUCCGGUCGGUGGCAGUAGCAGUGGAGGUGGCGGUGGUGCAUUCGGCAAAGACCACCAACAGCAGCACCACAAUCACCAACACCACCACCACCAAAAGCAAGAGGUCGUAAAACCCGUUCCCGUUGUAGCCACCAACACGAGCCAAAGGAAUAAACCACAUCAUGCCAAAACUACGGCGAAAAAGAGAACUGUAAAUGAAAUGAUGGCUUACGAUCCGGAUUGUGCUGUGCCAGAAGACCCACUACGAGAAAAUGGUGAGAGCGACACAGAUUCCGGUAGUUCGAAAAGGAUCCGGACCGCUUUUACCAGUAACCAGCUAUUGGAGUUAGAACGAGAAUUCUCCAGCAACAUGUAUUUGUCGCGAUUGAGGCGCAUAGAGAUCGCCAACUGUCUGCGGUUGUCUGAGAAGCAGGUGAAAAUUUGGUUCCAAAACAGACGGGUUAAGCACAAGAAAGAAGACGGACCCACAUCAUCGACCAAACCAGGUACACCAUGCUGCAACUGUCCGAAAUCGUGUCAUCAGUCGUCCACGGCGGUCGGAAGUACGUCCGGCUGUCGACAAAUUGAUAUCGAGGGCGGCGAUGGUGAUGAACGUUGUGGUCAGUUUGACUAGGCGUGAGUGUAGGCGAACAAGCUAUAUUAUAAUGUAAUUUAUAGUUCGUCCUUGACAAGUACAAACAUUAUCUUAAGAGCAAUGGCUGUGAUGAAGAGUGGAGGUCGAAUGACAUCGAUCAAACACUGUAACACGAAUUUCUUUUUAAACCGUUCGCGGUUGUCGCGAAUUAACUAAGUCAUUCAAAAUGUAACGAAUUUAAUUAGUUGGUGAAAUAAUAACAGAAUUUUCAGUAUACUGCGCGUCGUCCUAAACUAGUAAUCGUCGAGAACGGCGUUGACGGGGUUUUAAUUAAAUAAGACGAAACUGAUACGUGUGGUUUGAACAAAAUAUAUUAUUAUAUAGUUUAAUAAAUAUUAUGUUUAUUAAA